AUGACGACUUCCCUACCUCCUGCAGCGGGGGUAAUUCCGACAGUCCUCUCCUCCUCCAUCUCAUCUCCGUCCUCCUGCGUGUCUUUGCCUCUAUCCUUUCUCCUUCUCCUUCUUCUCCGGCUCAGACUCCAUCCAGCCAUAGCCUCGACGACCCUCCUCACCCCCUUCGCCUGCGUCGUCGCCCUGUUCGCCGUCGCCACCGCAGGCUCCGACGCGCCGCGCGGCGUCGCCGUCGGCUUCGUGUUCGACAUCAACGCGAAGUGCGAGCCGCCGUGCGAACACGCAGGAGUGUGCAUCCGCAACAACACAUGCUUCUGCUCCAGAGGCUACGAAGGAGAGAGCUGCCAGUAUGCCAACUGUUUUCCCAAGUGUAAGAACGGAGGCGUGUGUCUUCGUCCUGGAAAGUGCAGAUGUCUCGCCGGCUUUGGAGGACGAUACUGUCACAAAGUCACGUGUGAUGGAGGUUGCUGGAACGGCGGAGAAUGCACCGCCGUCAACGGAGUGGCCAAGUGCAUCUGUCCGUCAAGCUGGACCGGCUCCAAAUGCCAAGAGGCCAUUUGUCCACAGGGCUGCAGGAACGGGGGCAGCUGUGUGGCCCCAGGAAUCUGCAGCUGUCCAGAGGGAUGGCUGGGCGGAGCCUGCCACACGGCUGUUUGUUCUCAGCCCUGCCUGAACGGAGGGAAGUGCAUUUCUCCCGACAAAUGUCGCUGUCGCUCGCCUUUCUCCGGCGUUCGUUGUGAGGAGAGGAAAAAGUUUCACUAGAGUAAACUCAGCCGGAGGUCACAGGUCAACGGGGCCCAAUCAGGGACGAGGACAGCUUUAACUGAACAUUGUUAACACUUAAUAACUUGUAAUAUGUUCUUUUUUACUGUAAAAACAUGUAUUAUACUUUAAUUUGUCAAUGAAUUGCAUGAAUUAUCAAAGCUCAUUUAGAAAGAAAAAGAAAUGGUAGAAUUUUCUUUUAUUUUGUCAUGUGUUACUUGUAUCACAGUGAAAUUUGGUGCUAAUAAAAACAUUUUGAACAAA